CAACCAUGAGGGCGCAUUGCCGUUGCGCUGAGACUGCCAGCACUUCCCCGCGGUGCGCGGUACCAGCGCCGAAUAGAAUCCUGCGGCGCGUCACGGCGCAGCGAGGAUGCACGAAACAGCUCAUGUGCAUUCAUCCAAGGUUAAACAGUAUUAAUGCAGCCGCUGCUGUCCCAAUUCAGCAACCAGGGACACAGCCGACUUCUUUUGGUCCACGGCCUGAUUUGACGUCGGGCUUCCAAUCAGAUAUCCUGGGCCUUGGUCAGGCAAUUGUGGACUUAAGCUCUAGCGUGUCCGACGACGUCUUGUUCCAGUUUAACGUGCCGAAAGGAGGCCGGAGGGUAAUUACAGUAGAUGAGCGUGCCUCGAUUAUGGAGACCCUCGACGACGUCGGCGCACCCAGCCAGGUUAGCGCCGGUGGUUCCCUGGCCAACACGCUAGUCGGCAUUGCGAAGCUCUCCCGCGCGGCCGCUAAGGAUGUCCGCGUGCUGCUGGGCGGCAGCCUUGGCACCGACACUCUCGGGCAGUUUUUUAACAGCCAAAUGAAAAGAGCUGGAGUACGCUGCCUUCUGGAGACCCAGCAGCACCAUUACCACCACCAUCAUCACCCACAUUCCCCGUAUCGAGAAGACCCAGAAGAAUUGCGGCAUCAGCAUCAGCAGGACUCAGAAGCGGCGGCAGCGCCAGCCAUAGCCAGCAGCAACGGCCAUACCGGAACCGUCAUGGUUUUGACAACGCCUGACGCCCAGCGCUCUUUCCUAUCCUUUUUCACUUCGGAGUCGUUGGUGCUUUCGGAACGAAUACGAACUGCCGUACGUGCCAGUCGUAUGGUGGUUGUGGAGGGCUAUUUAUGGGAGAUGCCUGGCGCGGAGGAGUAUAUCCGGCAAGUGCAGGACUUGGCACAUGCAGCAGGAGCGCAGGUGGCCAUGACAGCGGGUGACCCAGGGGUCGUUUCACGCCACAGAGAGGCUAUGUUGCGGGUCCUCUCACACGGCGUUGACUUGCUCUUCACCAACGAAGACGAGGCGUCGGCGCUGGUGGGUCUACAAGCGGAGCAGGGCAGCGGCAGUAGCAGCAGCGAAGAGGCCGUCGUGAGUAAUGGCGCUCGCGUCGCGGCGGCGCUUGCGGAGCUAUGUCCCAUGGUCGUAGUUACGGCAGGAUCCAAAGGGUCGUACAUUGGCGCCAUGGGCGAGAUUCAUGCCGUACCGCCGUACUGGUUGCCACAGGGUCCUGUGGACACGUGCGGCGCCGGUGACGCUUACGCGGCGGGAUGGCUCUAUGCUUUAUUGACGGGGUACGACAUUCGUACCGCGGGGGAGUUUGCGUCGCGUGUGGCGAGUGCGGUGAUUGGCCAGUACGGCCCGCAUUUGUCAGAUGACGACGCGGAGUUGCUUGUACGGGAGCUUCCGGAGCACCACUUGGGGGCUCCCUUGCGGGCGAAGCUGGGGGGAAGCAUGGACUUGGGAGCUGGCGGGUUUGCCGAUUUCUAAACGAUUCCCUCCGUCUCUUUCUUGGGGAGGACAACUAAUCUAUUGAUGAAUAAUCCAUCUUGAUUUGCGGAAAGGAUCCCGGGCGGUAAUGGACCGGCUUUAUGCUGCGGCAUGAAACGUUACAUCUGCGGAGAGUUGACACGUGUGUACGGAGGGGGAGGGGGGGGUUGACGGCGCCGACUGCGGUCGAUGUUUUGCCCUGUUGCAGCUUUUACCUCCCUAGCGAUGUGUGAGGAUUUUUCGUCACUGCACUCCCGAGGCCUGCUGCUGCUGCUGCUGCAUUUUUCUAUCUGCUUUUUUACACACACAUG